AUGGCUGGUCUUCGAGAGACUGCGGAUGAAGGUCAGCGUUGUGGCGAUGUGGACGAUCAAGCAAUGGAAUUGGAACGAACCGAUGUCGACGCUGCGAUCGAUGAGGAUGAGACUCUUGCUAGAGCACUCACACCGGCGCGCAAGUCUGAAGAUCCUGCAGCCUCAAAGAAGCACGCAUCGCCAAUCUCCCGCAUCCUCAACAACGCCCCGAUCGAACACCAAACUCCGCAAAGCAUAGCCAUGGCCAGGACCAAGAACCCCAACAGAAUCGUGAGGCGCAACGGCAGCCUUUAUAAGGGCGGGAGGCUACUCAGCAAGGGCAAGAAGAAUGGCAUCACCAAGAAGAAGCGCGCUCCGCCGCCGCCACCACCGCCUCCACCGAAGAAGCCGACCUCGAAGUCAGGUGGCCGUUGUCCAAGCCGCUGCACCGAAUGCAAGAGAGGUCACCGCAAGUGCGAUGGCGCGCGUCCAUGUGAACGGUGCAUCACAGUUGGUCGUCCGCAAAACUGCGUCUACCAGGGAACGCAGCCUCCCUCAGCCGCCGCCGCUUCCACUGGCAAUGGUUCUGGCUCCGCCAACACUGGCGGAGCAGGCGCGACCGGCUAG